AUGUCUGCUCCUUCCUGUCAAUGUGGUCCUGACUGUAAAAACACCUGUUCCGGUGGUGCUUCAUGUUGUUGCAAGAACAACUCUUGCGCUUCUUCGUGUCAAUGUGGUGAUUCAUGUGCUAAGAAUUGUGGUGCUUCAUGCAAAUGUGCUGCUAAGGGCGCUGCUGCUUCAUCCUGCAAAUGUGGUUCAGAGUGCACUAAACUAUGUGGUUCCAACUGCACUUGUGCAACCAAGAAACCAGAAGAUAAAUGCAAAUGUUCUUCAACUUGCGCUGAAAAAUGUGGUUCAUCAUGUAAAUGUGGUGCCUAA